AUGGACACGAAACCAGACUUUGUACUUAUGUACACUCAAGAACUAGCAAAGUCAAGCAAACCAAAGAUUCCUCGUACAAGUACAAACAAAGUCCGGACAGGCUGCAUCACUUGUAAGAAGCGUCACGUCAAAUGUGACGAAGCCAAACCUCAAUGUGGUAACUGUACCAGAAAUCGACGGAAAUGUGAAGGCUACAUCAUACCGACUAAGAAAAGAAAUGCAUCGCCUCCUCAAAUUCAAUGGGACUCGAAACAAGUUACUCGCGUCGCACCUUUGAAGGCUCAGCUGCAUCUCGUUCAUGAUUGUCUGGACUUUAGAGACGCUGAUAGCGUGAUUUACUUUGAUGAAUUUGUGGGAGUUGUGCAGAGUCCAUGGAUUGCCGCUGGCUUCAAUAAUGACCUGUGGGCUGUGACAUUACCACAGGUUGCUCGCACAAACGACGUGGUACGGCACGCUGCUAUUGCUAUCGGAGCUUUGAGCAAGUGGUUUACCAAGAAUCACCAUGGGACACUCGGAUCAUCGCAGAUUAUUGAGAGUGAAAUUGCACAGAACGACCCAGAUUAUCGAAAUGCUGUUGCUCAUUACUGCCAUGCCUUGAGGUUACAGAGUCAACAGCCCUGUAUGCAAGAUGCAGUGUUUCUUUCAAUCCUGUUCCUCUGUUUCGAGAUCCUGCGCGGUAACAGGAAAGCCGCCUUGGACCACAUCAACCAUGGCUUAGCCAUGCUACUUGCCCUGGUGACAGACCCGGAUUCACGACUGAUGACAUCCGUGGCCCCUAACCCGAAGCCUCUCAUUGCAGUGGUGGCAGACAUCUUUAUCCACUUACUGCCUCAGAUUCGGUUGGUUCUACAAGGAAGUGUUGGCCAAAGUCCAGCAGUGCCCAACUUUGCAAAAGGCCUAAGAGCUAAACAGGAGACGGUCGAGUCCUUCAUGAGACUGGUUGGUGACUUGCCCCGAUCUUAUCGUCCUGCCGACAAGCUACCGCCCGUGCUCGACAGCCUGGACGAAUUUGAGAGAUAUUGGAUGACAGGUCGAAACGCAAAACUGGCUGUAGGUCCUCUGUUGAUGGAGGCUGUCCACAAGUCUGGGGCUUUGGACUCGACUGAUCCCAGCAUGAUGUCGGAAUUGUGGAAGCAAAUCAUGGCCGACCCUCGCAUUCAAGAGAUUUGCGAAGCUUCCGCGAAAGAACUACAUGCCCUUGAAGCUGCCUUUAUGCCACUGUUCAAUCGUGCCAUCAUGUCUGACCCUGGAUCAAUUGAAUACAUGAGGGCUAUUCAUCUGCGCCUACACUAUUUGGCCACGUGUACAUUUGAGGAUCUCACGCACUUUCACGACCCUGCACCAGUUCAGGCCAAGACGCCACUGUUUCGCGAGUAUCUAUCCCUGGCAGACAUAAGUCUACGAACAGCAAAGCAAGGCUUGAAAAGCUCAGCGCAUCACCUGUCUCUACAGUGCAGCGUAGCUUUACACCUGUUCCUCAUCUCGAUGUUCUGUCGAGAUGCCUUACUGCGGGACGAAGCCAUGUGGAUGUUGAAAGAUUACCCCGGGCAGGAUGGCAUAUGGAAUGCGCGCUCACUGUAUGUGCUGGCUCUCAAGAACAGAAGCGUGGAGCGCAUCAAUGCUGUAGACGGUGCACUUUCAGAGCAGUGGCGUCGUCUUUUACGAAGAGAAUACUUGUUCGAAGAAGGUGGUCAACGGAUUGUGUUCUGCUUUUUGGACAAAGAUCCAGUGAAUGGGGAAUGGAGGCUAGUGGAAGAGACUGCUGAAGUUAGGGGUGAUCUCGAUAGGGUUCAGUGGCACAGAAGGCCUCUGUCGGCAGCCGGGAAGCCUUUGAUGGGGGAUGUGAUAACGCUUUGGCCAGAACUGACGAAGUGA